CGAUUGUCAGUCCCACUCGGAGCGACGCACCGACCGAUCGCCUCGCGUGCCGCUCACGCUCCUUCUCGCGAAUCUAACCUCUCCGUACGCGAACAAGCUCCAACUUUGUGGUUCUUACCUUCGCGCCCGCAAGCUAAAUUGAACAAACUAUUGGUCAUUUACGUCGCGUUGAACCAUGACACUGCGUUGACAUAUUGGUCAUAGUCCGUCAUAGUGUGUGAAUGUGUUGGGCGCCCCGGCGACGACUCAGCGGCGCAUGAGCGCGGGCGCCGCCGCAGCGGAUGUACACGCCGCUGCCCAAGUGGUGGAUCGUGCAGUUUGGAAUGCCAGCAGCUCUUGACCUGACUAGGUACAAGAGCGGGGUGCGCUCAGUGAGGAGCGGGGCUGGCGGCGGCGCGGAAGAGGCGCGGCGCGGCGGCCUCAAGGCGCUGCCGAAGCGCGCCCGCACCCGCUGCAGGGGCAUGAACAUGGGGCAAAAGCUGUCCGGCGGUGUCAAAUCGGUGUCGCGGGAGUGCUCGGCGCCGUACAAGGCGGUGGUCGCGCGCGAGCUGGCGCCGGAGCCGCCGCGGCCGGCGCGCCUCGACGCGCUGCUCGACGCGCCGCCCGCGCAUCCCGAGAUGCAGCUCAAACAUGCCUGGAAUCCGGGCGAUAGAUCACUAAACAUAUUCGUAAAAGAAGAGGACGCGUUAACGUUUCACCGGCACCCGGUGGCGCAAAGCACAGACUGCAUUCGCGGGCGCACCGGCUACUCGCGAGGCCUGCACUGCUGGGAGGUGGUGUGGCCGUCACGCCAGCGAGGCACGCACGCCGUCGUCGGCGUGGCGACGCAGCACGCGCCGCUACACUCCGUCGGCUACCAGAGUCUAGUCGGCGCUACGGAUCAGAGUUGGGGAUGGGACCUCGGGAGAAAUAAGGUGUACCACAACGCGAAAGGCACGGGCGGCAGCGGCACGACGUACCCGGCGCUGCUGCGGCCCGACGAGCAGUUCAUGGUGCCGGACCGCGUGCUGGUGGUGCUCGACAUGGACGAGGGCACGCUGGCCUUCUGCGCCGACGGCCGCUACCUCGGCGUGGCGGCGCGCGGCCUGCGCGGCAAGACGCUCUUCCCCAUCGUGUCCGCCGUCUGGGGCCACGCCGAGAUCACCAUGAAGUACAUCGGCGGACUAGAUCCGGAGCCGCUGCCGCUGAUGGAGCUGUGCCGGCGCGUGAUCCGGCAGCGCGUGGGGCGCGCGCGGCUGCGCGCGGCGGCGUCGCGGCUGGCGCUGCCGCCCGCGCUCACGGCCUACCUGCUGUACCGCGCGCCCUAGUACCACGUCACGGCCACGCGCCAGCGCCGUCUGUGCGCCACCCCCGCCCGCCCGGCAGACACGCCCCACGGGGAUGAUACGUAAAUUCAUGUAUUUUUACUUUAAGAUAUUUCGUUCACUUUUAGUCAAAAGUAGUUUCGACAUCCGGUCCGUCUAACCCAAGAUUCGGCCCGCGGGGCCGGCGCUCGAUUGACGCGAGAUUAUCUCGCCGCGCAGUAUACUGUCCGCCCUUCUAUCGUCCGAUACGAUUAAAAGGACGCGUGAUCUAUGUCGCGACGACAGACUGUCGAACCGGUCGCGUGCCGGCCCCGCGGCGUCGUUAUUCCGAAGCGGUCUUCGCGGUAUGUACGAGUGCGAAGUCUUAACGCUUCACAUGUAUAGAAAACGAUUUUAUCAUAUUUUCCGUUGCGAUAUCGAAUGAAAAAAAACCAUUACGCGCUUGAAAAAAAUAAUAAACAUCCUUUAAACGUAGAACUCCACAUAUUCAACCCCAUAAAAUUUCCGAUACGGAAACUGAGGCAAAAAUGAUCGCAAAAUCUCACAAAACGUAACUAAUUUUUUUCAUAAAGCGACCGAACGGCUCGAGUAAAAAUAUAUGAAUUUUUAAUUUAGUUCGGAUGUAUAACCCCGCAAACUACGCGAGUGGAAUUCGUAUGUACAAGCUCACGAGCCCGUCCGUAGACUACGCCCGUGAUUAGGCGUCCGCCGAAUUAGCUCAACAUGCAGAACUUGUUCGAACGCUUUUGACUGCCCGUUCUAUCGCUCAGAUUUAGGAAAUUAGAAGACUACUUAUAAUGUGACUACAGACGCGUGUGUACGUCCCACGCACACACAUCUUUAACAACAAAUACAUAUUGAGCAUGUCAUUAGACAAUUUUGAUCUAAUCGAAUAAAUAAAACUAGCUAAUUUUUUAUAUUUUGUUCUCCAAGAUGUGUAUGUGUGUGGAAACACCAUCAAGUUUAUUAAAUAAUAUGACGAAUUGAGUUAUUGAGCGAUAGAAUCUUCUACCAAUAAAUGUCUUCAAUAGAAGCAUUUUGACGAGUGCAUACGCAAUGAGAACGGUGUUUCAAUGCAGAUGUGUCAUUUUUUCACUAGAAUUUUAACGUCUAUUCCGAAUGACAGACCUUGCACUGACUGAUUUUUUUAUAGAUAUAAUGACGUAGUGGCUAAAGUAAAAGUAGCUACGAAUAUUGGACGUUUGAAACCUAUAACACCAAACAAAUAUUAUAACAAUCUGAUCAUAGAAUACAAUUUGAUUAUUUUGAUUUGCAUACAUUAAAUUUAUUUUUAUUUCAAUAAUUACUGUGAUAAUAUUUUAUUAAUAAAAAUCAGAAUUUAUAUAAAUAGUCAUGAAUUAUUUUUUCAAACGUUUAAGUUUGCAAUGAUAUCGAUAUCUCCUACGCUCCGAGAGGGUACUUCUCAUAAGAUUAAUGUAUAUCGCCUAAUUAAUUUCGAAAGUGUGAUGGUGGGCUAGUUCCGGGUAUCGUUACCUCGAAUCGCGACGAAUUGAAGAUUUAUAUACGACACUAUUUAUAAGUUAGAUGUGGCAGUAAAUAUUGCGACGUGUUUACAUUGUCCUGUAACGCAAGCCGCACGUUUUAAAGCCAUAUUGAUCUCUUAAAAAAUGCGAUUUCUGCCGUGACUCCUGAUAUGGACGAGUGGCGGCAGAGAGCCGCGUUUCCUCGUUAAGAAGUAUAUGUUAGAACAACAGGCGCAGCGCCCGCGUCGGCGCCGCUCUAGGCCAGUGUGUAUCGUUGGCGAUCUUACAAACUAUUAUAUAGCUCACUAAGCGACUGGUUUAUUUUUUAGUUUAGUACCUUUAAUUCCUAUGUAAAAAACGUGUGAGUGUGUAAUGUAUAUAAUAUACGCAUUAAUCCGCAGGAAGUUAACAUGUCACCCGGGGAUUAUUUUAGAUGUACAUUUCUGAACUUGCUUUAAGACGAUUCCUAGUAUGUAUUGGUAUGAUUUGCAAGUCGAUCGCUCCUCGUCAAGUCUUCUGUUUUACGACUUAGUAUGUAGAUUGCAAUUAAAGAUAAAUAGUAUCGUGAAAGCACUGUACUAAUCGACUCGUCAGCCAUUUUUGACCCAAAUUAGUUGUAUCGUAACCUAAAAAUGUGUAAGUACUUCCAUUUUAAUAAGAAUUUUUUCGUAUAUAGACGUACGGCAUGUAGGCGUCCCUCGUGGAAUCCACUUUUGUACGAUGUUGAUAUUCCCAUUUUAUCUCCGAUAUAAAUAUAUAUUAGACGUGCGCCGUUUAGUUGACUGUCGGGAGAUGUUAUUUUUUAACGCAGCAUUAUUUUGUAAUAGUCGUCAGAGUUUCAUGUGAAUAUCGACAUGUUAUACGUAAAUAGACGAUGAUAAACUGCCAAAUGCGAUGAUUGUGUGCGAGCGAGUGAGUGCGAGAAUGUGCGAGUGCGUGGAGACGGAGCGAGCGUGCGAGGCGAGGAACGAGUGGCGAGGGAUGUGCGAAGAAGCGAGACAGAAGGAUAUUUUCGUUGCGUAAGUGAUAUAAUCAUGAUAUACACCAAACUUGAUGUAACUGUUGCCACGGCCCCUUACGAUAAACCCCUCACUGAAGGACCAACGAUUUCUCGUUUCGAAAUACCCGAAGUAUAGUUUGUUUGCAUUCGAAUUCUUUCAUCUUACCUCCCACUUCUGUCUCAUAUCCCAAUAAGGGGUUUACUGUAAAGGAUUGUCACGUUAGUAGCAAAAAGUAACCAUUUGAAUUGUAUGAACCGUCUUUAGUCCUGUAUAUAUAGUUUAUCAUUUUGCGGUGUUUAAUGAUUACAUUAUAAGUGGAAAUGCAUUUUAGUUUUAUAAGUUUAGGCAAUAUUUUUAAAAGAUCAUUUCUAACGGAUAACUACGAUUGACAGUCGGAAUCUCUUAGAUACAAUGAUUUAAAAAAAAUAGGAAAACGAUUGGAAUAAAUAUAAAUGGUUAAGAAAAUAAUAAAUGAUAAAGAAUUGAAAA